GUCUCAGCAAGGCAAUUCCAGAGGACACAGUCUUGCUGGUAUUGGAUUUCGCUGAGAACUAUUCGUGUUUUCACCAGGAUGAAAUUCAAUCAGCUCACUGGGCCACUAAUCAAGUAACAGUCCAUCCCCUAGUUGCCUACUAUAAUUGUCCUGACCACAACGGAGACUAUCAUGUGGUUCAGGAAGCAGUAGUUGUCAUUAGUAGCAAUAUCAAGCAUGAUGCACGUGCCAUUCAACAUUUCGUCAUGCUGACGCUAAAACACCUUCGUGAGAAAAGGGGAGUCAUUAUUUCAAAAGUUGUGGAGUUCACAGACGGCUGCGCCGGGCAAUACAAGAGUAAAAUACCAUUUGCCGACAUUUCCUUCUCAUUAAAAGAUCUACAGGUUGAACGAGAGAGACACUUCUUUGGUUCCCAGCAUGGGAAAGGUCCCAGUGACGGUGUGUCGGGAGUGGUCAAGUCUGCAGUGCGUAGAGCGGCGAUUGCUAGGCGAGUAGUUGUUAAUAAUGCAGCUGCCCUGUUUUCAUUCUGUCAUGAGAACAUGACCAAGAAUGACUGUGCAAAGCAGAGGCGUGUCUUCUUAUAUGUUGCACAGGGCGAGAUCAAUAGAGACAGGCCAAACAGCAGGGCAGUGAAGACGGCUGUUGUUGGUACCAGGUCACUACAGGCAGUUAAGGGUGUCUAGCCAGGUGCUAUAGGUGUCAGACUGUUGAGCUGUUUCUGUGAUGGUUGCAGCCUAAAAAUUUCUUUUUUUACGAGAGCUUUUUUUUAUUUUGUAUGAAAAAAAGAGCUC